UCAAGAAUAGACCAAUAGAGGCCCUGGGUUUCUCUUCACAUGUUUGGGGCUCUGCGUUGCAUUGAUUGCAUUAGCGAAUUAUGAGAGAUCCUGAUCUAUUGACAGAUAUUCUAGAGUUGUCAAAUGGUUCGCUCGAGAUGGAUCUCAAUAUCCACCCGGAAAGACAAAGAUUUCCUUUCUGUGUCGUUUGGACUCCGUUACCCAUUCUAACAUACAUUCUACCUUUUAUUGGACACAUGGGCAUUGCGACAUCAACAGGAGUAAUAAGAGAUUUUGCUGGUCCUUAUUAUGUUUCUGAAGACAACAUGGCAUUUGGUAAACCUACCAAAUAUUGGCAGCUUGAUUAUACCAAAGCCAAAGGAGGCAUACAAGGAUGGGAUGCUGGUGUGGCAGAAGCAAGCGAAAUUUAUAAAACCAGAAUGCAUAAUUUAUGCUGUGAUAAUUGCCACUCACAUGUGGCAAAAGCUUUGAAUUUGAUGUCGUAUGGUAACUCAAACAGUUGGAAUAUGGUAAAACUUGCAUUACUCAUGUUACUUCAUGGGAAAUACGUCAGUAUUCUGAGUUUUCUUAAGACCUGGUUACCUUUCUGCGUACUUGUUACAAUUUUACUAGUGUUAAGUUUAUGUGUAUAUUAA